CAGCUAGAACAAAACUAUGCGUAGGAUGAGACGAGGUUCGAAUGAGACCUUGUUUGAUGUUUCCAGCUUAUGUAACCUAGGUCCCUGCAGGCACCAGAGGCACUUUACGCGCAUCGCGAGGCAAACCCAUGGGAAGGGUACCAAUAACCAUAAUUCGCUGCAUUGAGCCGGUCUACACUAUCCGCAGGACAGCACACAGAUAUUAAUUUCCGUGUUGGUACAGUCGGCCAAGGCCAUGCUACAGUCCUUCGAAGCGCGUCUCCGACGUUGUGAACACGCUUAGAACUAUGUGCUGAACAGUGUAGGAGCAUUUUCCGAUAAGUCGGUCAACCUAACGAAAAGACACCCUCCUCCUGCUGUGAUGGCGUCAGAGAAUCAUGAUCACAUAUCAGGUUCCGAGAAUCUGGAAAGCGAAAGACCACGAACACCCAACCAAAUGAUGAUACAGGAGCAAGCAGAGGACUCGCCGCCUCAGUCAGUCUUGUCGCAUAGGCCCCGAGAGUCGCCUCACAAGCCUGCAGAUCGGAAGAAACCAGAUUCACUGUCUGUGUUGGUUUCCGCACCAGCACGUCCGUGGGAAUACCAGCCUUAUCAAGGUGACAUCACCGUGGAGACAAUUAUCCAGGAGACAGAAGGGCCGGCUGGUUCUACAUGGUACAAAAUCGAGUUAGAGAGUGGGAAGAAGAAGAAGGUACGAAGAGUAUUGUUUUUGGCCCUUUUUUCUGUUUCCAUCUAAUGCAAGAAAUAUGUGUGGCGGAUACAUGGCACGGCAGAACAUGUUUGGAUUCAAGUGGCUUGGGCUACAUUUGCAACUGCGGGUGCUGAGCAAAGCUGCUCCACCGAGAGAAGCACAUAACCACUGUAUAUCUGAAGAACAGGCUUCUGCCUUCCAUGCGGCUGGGUGGUCACUGCUAUUUGCACCCCUUUCAACAUCUCUUUACUUUGCUUGUAUCACUGCUUGCUUUUCAUGCCUUUCGCGGUCCACUUUCAAUUACUAGCAAAUUCACUUGUCACUUUGAUAAUGGCGUUGAGAGAGCCUCACUAUAACACAUCCCUUUUCCGAGUCUUCUAUAGGUACCUUCCAAAAUCCUCUUAUUGUUGACAAACAACCGCAUUACUUUUCAGCUCUCAAUUUUGAGAAGGAAUACAGAGGAGCUUCAUGCACCGCAGUAGCAUUGUGUCGCCUCAUUUCUCUGCCUUGUUUUUGGACCUCUUCUACAUCACCUUUUACAGCACUUUUAUUCAAGCUUAAGCUUGGGUAUCAGUUCACCUUCUCCCCACUGGUUAGAAUUGACUCAUGAACUCAAGACACAACUUUUAAUGGAAUACGAACACAAACUAACGUCUGCCAGGUCUCAUUGGAAACUCUCCUCCAACUUCGCAACGGCCAGAAUGCUCUCAAGUUCUUUGAUCGCAACACAAGCAAUUCUGGAGACACGGAGCCCGAUAUGGCAAGUCUAGUCAGCAAACGUGUCCGAACCAAGACGCCAAACAUUGGCUUUGUGGACAGCUCCCUCGUCGCUCUUCACUCUGACGAUGAGAUCUCUGAUGAUCUAUCUAUCAUCAAGAAACGCCGCCUUGACAAGGGACGCGUCUCCCUUCUUACUAGCAAUACCACUCGACAGAGCAGCCGAGUCAGCAGCCGAGUCAGCAGCCGCCCGGCAUCCAGGACGAUUCAUGGUGAGGAAAGCUCCGGGUCUGACUCCGAAGAUCCAAAGCCGGCGCGUGUCACAAGAUCAGCCCAUUCUCGUCCCACUAUCAAGGCGAACAGCUCUUUUCAGGACGACGUGAACGAUAAUGACGACGAAGACGAGGACGAGUUAGCCGAUGUAGCGUACAAUGAGAGCGACUCAGAUAUUGUCUACAUGCAGCCAAAGCGCCCAAAACGAAACAAACCCCGGCAGAUAAGGUCACAAUCUAAGAGUGGCAAAGUUAAGAGCAGAGUCAGACCCCGAAGACAUGAUGGCUCCUUGUCCUCACCUGACCGUGCCCAGCCAAGCCGUCGCUCUGGCCGCGAGAGAGCUACGAAGAGCAUGAGAGAACAGGACAUGGAUGAAGAGUUAUAUGCUGAUGAGGUUACAAUGAACAACACUCCUAAAGUCAUCAGUAUACGUGAAACAUACAAGCCCAUUGCUAAGGAUCUGCCCUUCGGUCGCUUUCACAAUCACACCUGCGAUGUUUGCUCAGGUUCUGGGUCAUACUCUAACAAAGGCACCAGCCCGCUCAUUCACUGCCAAGGCUGCUCGACCUCGAUACACAAAGUGUGUCUUGGGUAUCGCAGCGGGAGAGAACAUAUGGUCACCAAGGUUAGCUAUGACAAUUUUGUUUUGCAGUGUCGUCGCUGCAUUGGUAUUUAUGAAAAGAAAGACAGGUCCGCACCUCAUUUAGAUGUCUGUCAGAUCUGCAAAGAAGCUGGGCCGGCUUGCGCCGCUUUUGCUCCCAAGAGAACUCCAAAGCAAGAGGAGAAGCUGAGAGAGGAGAACGGCGGAGAUGACCCAAUUACACAGGUACCUGAUGCCUUAGUCAAUAACGUGGAGAAUGUGCUCUUUCGAUGUACCUCUUGUCAACGUAGCUAUCACUUUGAGCAUCUCCCAGCACUUGAAUGCUCAAAGAAGUCCGAGGUUACGAAAAUCGACGAAACUCGCGAGAAGCGCUUGAAGGAAUACUCUCUCAAAUGGCGCUGCAAGGAUUGCUGCCAAAUGCCCGCAAAAGUUCAAGGACUCGUUGCCUGGCGACCUAUCGACCAAGAGAGUUAUAUCGAUGGUCAAACAAUCGAUGACUUCCGUGAAGACGAGAAGGAGUAUCUUAUCAAGUGGAUUGAUUUGUCCUACUUUAAAUGCACUUGGAUGCCAGGUGCCUGGGUGUGGGGCGUGACUACAAGAAUCAUGAGAAGAGCAUUCGUCCGUCGCGAUGAAGGUAUGAAUGAAUUGCCGAAGUACACAAAAGAAGAUGCUAUUCCUGAGGAAUUCCUGAGGAUGGAGAUUAUCUUUGACGUUCAGUACGAUGACGAAUUUGAACGCGAGUCGGAGGCAGCGGACAAAGCUGCGAUUAAUAUGGUCGAGCGGGUGUUGGUCAAGUUUCAGGGCCUAGGUUACGAAGAGGCCGUUUGGGAGAAGCCACCAGAGCCAAAACAUGAAGCACGCUGGUGUGAUUUCGUCGCGGCUUACAAUGAAUAUGUGGCUGGAAGAUAUCUGGAACCACCAGGGGCAGCUGUCAUGAAGGCCCGCACAGAUGCUUUCCGGUCUUUGAACUUUGAACAGGACGUCGAGUUGAAAGAACAGCCGUCUGCUUUAACUGGGGGAAAGAUGAUGCCUUACCAAAUGGAAGGUCUCAACUGGUUGCUAUACAACUUCUAUGAAAAGAAGAAUGUCAUCCUGGCGGAUGAGAUGGGAUUGGGAAAGACAAUCCAGCUGAUUGCUUUUAUGGCUUCGCUGGUCAAAGGCAACCCCGAGUGCUGGCCUUUCCUCGUUGUGACUCCUAACUCCACGUGCCCUAACUGGCGCCGAGAGAUCAAGAAAUGGGCCCCCACCCUCCGAGUUGUUGCAUACUAUGGCGCCAAGAAAGCCCGCGAUAUGGCAAUGGAUUAUGAGCUCUACCCAGAUGGGUGUCGUGACCUUAGAGCCCAUGUCGUUGUUACUUCCUAUGAAGCUCCCGUGGAUGAACAUAGUCGAUCUUUUUUUAGGCGUAUCAAAUGGGCUGGUAUGAUUGUCGAUGAAGGUCAACGGCUGAAGAACGACGAGAACUUGCUCUAUACUGCGUUGAAGGCGGUGAAAGCUCCCUUCCAGGUUCUACUCACUGGCACCCCACUUCAGAAUAACAAGCGUGAGCUGUUCAACCUUCUCCAAUUUCUCGACACUUCAAUCAAUGCCGCUGAGAUGGAUGAGAAAUAUGCAGAAUUAACAAAGGAUAAUUUGCCUGAGCUGCACGAGCUCAUCCGUCCAUUUUUCUUGAGGCGGACAAAGCUUCAGGUACUGAAGUUCCUUCCUCCUAUGGCACAAGUCAUACUUCCCGUAUCUAUGAGCGUUGUCCAGAAAAAGCUAUAUCGAUCUAUCUUAGCAAAGAAUCCGGAGCUUAUCAAAUCUAUUCUCGGCCAGACCAAUACAGUUCUUCGGCCAGCUGAAAGAGGGAACCUGAACAACAUAUUGAUGCAGCUCCGCAAGUGUCUCUGUCACCCUUUCCUUUACAGUUCCGCCAUUGAAGAAGUCUCCAAGACGGAUUCCGAGGAAGAUGUCCAACGCAAGCUCGUCGAGGCGUCCUCCAAAUUCCAACUUUUACAGAUCAUGCUCCCGAAGCUUAAAGAGAGAGGCCACAGAGUUCUUCUCUUCAGUCAAUUCUUGAUGCAGUUAGAUCUAAUUGAGGAUUUUUUGACUGGACUCGAUUUACAUUUCCAGCGCCUUGAUGGCAACGUCGGCUCCUUGGAGAAACAGAAACGAAUCGACGCUUUCAACGCACCGAACUCUAAUCUAUUCGCAUUCCUUUUAUCUACGCGUGCUGGAGGUGUUGGUAUCAACCUAGCAACAGCAGACACUGUGAUCAUCAUGGAUCCCGACUUCAAUCCUCACCAAGAUAUACAAGCCCUGUCUCGGGCUCAUCGCAUAGGGCAAAAGAAAAAGGUUCUGGUCUUUCAACUAAUGACCAAAGACAGUGCAGAAGAGAAGAUUGUUCAAAUCGGCCGCAAGAAGAUGGCCCUUGACCAAGCUCUGAUUGAGAGCAUGGGAGCGGAUGAUGAAGCUGGUGUCGACCUGGAAUCGAUUCUCAGACACGGUGCUCAAGCACUCUUCAAUGACGAUGAUCGUAACGAUAUCAGAUAUGACUCUGCGUCUGUGGAUAAAUUGCUGGACCGAACGCAGGUCGAAACUACAAGUACCGACAAAGAUCAAACCGCAGAAUCCCAGUUCUCAUUCGCACGCGUUUGGGCUAACGAUCAAGGUGCUCUUACUGAUGAUGUCGGAAAGGUUGAUUCAGACGAGGCUCCUUCAGAUCCUUCGGUAUGGGACAAGAUUCUGAAGCAGAGAGAAGCAGACGCAGCAGCCGAAGCUGCCAGAAACAUGCAAACUUUCGGACGUGGAAAGCGAACCCGUCAGGUGAGUGUUCACUGUAUUACUAUUGCAGAUUAUCGUUGUUCUAAUUGGGCUUUAGGCUAUUGAUUACCACAAGUCAAUAUUGGACGUCGAAGAUGAUCCGUCUCCGAUGAAGCAGGUAUCCAAGCGAGGUCUUGAUGAUUCUGCGAGCGACCUAGACUUCCGAUCUGGUGGCGAUUCUGAUGGAGACGGAGAUGAAAAUUCUGAUGUUGAGAUUUUUGACGCGAAAGAGCUGGAGCUGCACCAGAACCAGAAUGGACAGAUUCUAACAAAAGGUAUGGGCAAGAAGCGGGUCAUUUCAAAGAUGGCCAUUUCCAGGAUGCAGAAGACCAUCAAAUUACAACAUGCCAAAGUUGGCGCAGCCAAGAACCCCCAUCCUUCUAAGCAGAAGCUAGCUGCACAGUCUAUGGCUCCUAGCAAUGCUACGAAGCAGCAGGUAAUCUCCGAUGCAAGAGCAGGUGCCUCCACACCAAAAGCUGCAACAAAUGCUGCUCGUAAACCUGGCUCAUCUGGGGAGACUUUGCCGAAAAAGACAGAGGCUGCUGCCAGAAAUCAAUCGGCUCCCUCUGAGCUUCAUAACGGCGUCGACAGGAAAAACUCCUCUCAUCUUGGAGAUGAGCGUGGUGACAACCCCGCCUUCAAAGCUGUUCCUAGAAUCCCCAGUUCUGGAUCAUAUCCAACGACUGUCAUUGUCGUUCAAGCUAACAAGACUUUGCAUCCACAGACGCUCUUCGGCCCAGCGCCAAGCAAAUCCCACACAGCUACCACCAGUCCUCGCACGCGUACGGCAAUGCAGGCUCACAACUGGGACUUGCACUUCAGACCGCAUCUCGGACUGAAGCUUCGAUUCAAGGUCCCAAAGGGGGCGCACCAAGACUCUGCUCUGACGGAGCCAGAGAGCGACGCUAUCCACCCGAUCUCACUCAAAGCCAAGCCAGAAGCCAGGGCAGCGGCACAACCCAAUUCAUUGUUCCACGAAAUGGACAAGGAAGAAAUGAAGUGCUAAAGCAGCGACAAGAGAUUAGUGCUCCUUGGUGCGCUGAAUGUCGUUCUGACCAUCCAAUCGGCCAGUGCCCUCUUCGAACGCAGUUCACUGGGAUAUGUGGCAUCUGUCGAAUGUUCCACUUGGGCAUAGGAAAGUCUUGUCCAAAAGUGUCCUCGGAAGUGCAAAUUCGCCUCAUGCUCGACUCCUUACACCGCAGCAAGGAAUCCGGUAACCAAAUCGAUGUGGCAAAGAAGAUUCUGGAGAAGGCACUUAUUGAUCGAGGUCACGAGAGGAAGGCGAGACGAGGUAAACCCUAGGGUUCCAGACCCAUUCUCAAUGUACUGAUAGGUGUCCCCUUCUCGUUUCGGCAUGUUCAUAGAUAGACCGCACUCAUGACUUUGGGUCACCUCUGUGCGCCCGCUUUUCUUUUAAUGACCCCUCCCGCGCACUUGUAUCGUGUGCAUAGAGUUUCACGAGGUUUUCUUGGUUCUGAAAGAACAGGGGAUUAGUCAGCAAGGCAUUGAUAGUCGCCAUGGCUUGAUACCCUUGCCAACUAUAGAAUAGAACACAAGAUUAGAAGAACAAGAAGGAAGAGUCCUAAAUGUUCAUCACACCAAGAUGAGCUGCAGAUCCAAGCGAAAAAGAGUUGUGACAUGGCUUGAUUCUCAUGGGACGGCUUCUUGCCACUCUAAGUAUGUUUGAUGUCAUCGCUUUCCCACAACCAUUACGACGAUUGCCUUGUUCUCCCAUGUGUUGAAACGGAAACUGCAACCCCUCAGCGUCUAUAUUCCUUUUGAAUUGAUGUGUUACGAUGGAGAGGCAACAGGGCGCUUAUGUAAUCGGCAGGAGUUAAUACCAGCGCCAACGUCCAGCUAUCAGCUUCCAUCUUUCCAUCUACCACCUUUUUCUUCCUGAGAUUCCACCCAGCUGACAUCGCUUUAUCGACAGCGAUGUCGACUCAAUUUCAAAAUGCAGCAUAUGCUUUGCUUUCACUAGUAUGUAUACCUGUUGCCUAGAUCUCCUGGACCUCGGCCCUGCUCCUGGCAUUGUAUUGUGCUGUGCAGCCCGUGCUGCACCGCGGCUCAGGAUCGGGCUUGUCCAUUCGUUCCUCAACAACAGAUUUGGGCAUUCAGCAUGGAAACUGUAAAACCCACAAAUCGAAAGACUUCAAGGUGAAACCACAAAUUCUUUGGUCUACUAAAUUCGGCAGAUCUAAUUAUGCCUCGAGUGCCUAUGCCUUGGGAAUCUAACUUUAUGGCAGGCAAGGUCGUGCAAGUAUGACAUCUCCAUCUUCCCUGCUCUUGUUUUUGGGGCAGUGUCAUAUGUCUUUAUUUAUCGUCUUCGCCAUAUUGAUUCUAGCAUGGCCGCGCGACCUGGGAGAGCACAAGGUGGUUUCACUCAAGUAGUGCUGCCGAUGAAUGCAGUUUGAGUCAUAUUUUGCUCGGCGUACAAUCUCUCUGCUCUACGUGUUGAUGAGGGACCAGUCUGACUUCGGUACGUUCUGGCAUUUUGAGGGAAAAGAAGGGUUUGGGGGCAACCAUACACUUUGAUCUUUCCCUUUGGAAUCCCAGGAGCCAACUAUGAAGUCGCUCAAUUUCAGGCGACUAACUGGAUGGAUGUAUGGAUAUAUGAAAUUGUACAGCUGUACAUUUUGCCUUCUCUAGAGCACCCGAGUCGAGCAUUGCUUUGGGGCUUGACAUUAGAGCACUUUAAUAUGAUAAUAAUCUGAUCUGCU